CUUGUGCUGGCUUGCCUUGGCUAAAUGGAGAACAAAACUCGAUUUUUCAAUCUCGUGCGUGGCUGGCAACGCCACGUGAUCACAUUGAACGUCCGACGUGAGCAUGUCCGAAGAGCCAGCGCCGCCGCCGACUUCCGAGCCAGUCGUGGAAGCUCCUACAUCGACUUCCGAGCCUGCGGAAGUUCCUCCUUCGUCCGAGCCUGUCGUGCCACCACCUGAAGCCACCGACGCUGCCAUCAUCGCGUCCGAUGACAUUGCACCGCGUGCUAAUGACGCCGGUGCAAACGACCCAAAGGAUGCCGUUUUGGAGGAAGGAGUCGUUGACGUCGUCGUAGUUCCGACGGCAGCCGUGCCCACCCAAGCCGACGCCGCCGCUACGAACGACAGGAACACACCCAGUCCAGAUUUGGCCAUCACCAUCCCGAACGACCUGGAAGCGUGCAUGAACGACUGCACGUCGCCUGGCCACGACCCCCAAUUGGCAGGGUACACGCCCGACUGCGGCACCAAACAUCUGAAGUACCUGUCGUACGCGAAGUGUCGGCGCGACCGAGGGCUCACCCAUCCCAUGUGCUACUCCCUCACGGAGAAAGAUCGGAUGGGCCACCCAGUGCCAAAGACGUACCCCGUCGUGGCCACCGACUUUGGCGCGCAUUCAUUCCACACGCUGCCCACCGACUCGCAUGUGCUGAGCAAGUACGGCAUUGGCGUGAGCUUGUACUUCAAGUUUCUGAAAGUCAUGUCGUGGUUGUUCUUGAUCAUGUUCAUUAUCAGCUUACCGUCCAUGGUCAUCUACGUCAUUUGCGGCAGCGGCAACGGCGACGCCAUCAAGCUACAGCUCCAGAAGAAUCCGCUCGCGAUCCUUGGCAUGACGAGCAUGGGACACUUGGGCGAGUCGGAAAGCGUGUGCGCCCAAGCCAAAUACGGCGAAACGCUGACGCUGACCUGUCCGUACGGCGAGAUUGGCCACGUCGACUCGUCGUACUCUUUGCAUGACGCCCAAGGCACCUGCUCGUGCCCGACGGCGUACCAAGCCAGCUCCAAGGGCGUGUGCCGGGGCCCGCUGGACGACGCGGCAUGCCCGACGUCGGGUCUGCCGUGCUUCCUUGGCGACUUCCCGUCUGCGGGUGACACAUGCUGCGGGUACACGAAGGACGCAGUGUCUGGCGCUGGCACGUUUCCCGAACUGAUGCUCAAGGACGCAGACGGGUGCGCCAGCCCCGUGGUGACGCCCAUCUUGAACGGGCUCUGCCUCGGCCAGCAAACGUGCUCGUUGACAGUCGACGACGCCGAGCUGUACCUGUGGAAGGUGGACGAUACGUACAAAACCGUGUGCACGGACCCGUCCAGUCCGCUGUUUUGCCAGGCGCGCCUCACAGAUCGCAUGAACACUGCCACGUGCCCCAACGCCACUCGCAGCGAGCGGGGUAUCAUCGCCCAAGCCAAAUGUCUCACCACCAAGAUCGACGUGUCGACGUCGUGGGCGUUCAAGAUCAUGGGGUGGAACUCUGUCACACGCCAAGACUUUGUUGGCAUGGCGUGCGGGCUCGACAUUGUGUACUCGGUUGUGUUUAUCAUGGUUGUGAUUUGGAUGAAACAGCAGGAGAAAAAUGCCAAUACGCAAAUCCUGUCGGAGCGAUUGAGCGUCGACAACUACACGGUGCAACUCAUGCACUUGCCGCACCACAAGGACGUUCCCAAGCUCGCUGAAGACCUGAAAACCCACUUGGAAACGGUGCUCAGUGCCAAGGCCCCUGUAUACAACGAAGCUAUCCAGGCCAUUCGCGUGGCGGACAUCAACUUUGGACUCACCAACGCCGCGCAGAUCAGUCUCAUGCGAAAGCGCGGCGAAGUGGCGGCAAAGCUGGACGUGGCGUUGCAGCGCAUUGCCAAGUUCAAGAAACUGCAGCCCCACCAACCCCCCAACGCGCACGAGAUGGACGUGAAGACAUUCGAGAGGCGCAUGGAAAGGCUGCUCAAGGCUUCGAACGCCCUCGGUGACCAGUUCACGAGCUACGACAAGCGGCUGGACGAGUGGGAAAAGAAGAACAAGGGCAAGGGGCUGGUCGCUGUGACAGCGUACAUCACGUUCGAGGAGGAGGAGGGGUACCUGCGCUGCAUGCGCGAGUACCCGAGCCUGGGGGUGCUGCACCGGUUGUUCCAGCCGUACCACAAGCGGUUCCUGAAGAAGCGCAUGUGGAUCCAGCCGGCGCCCGACCCGACCGACAUCAUUUGGGAAAACUUGGACUUCACGGCCGCGAAUCGUCUGGUCCGAGUGAUCGUGGUCAACUUGAUGGCGCUGUCGCUGCUGUGUUUGAGUUUUAUCAUCAUCUACGCGGCCAAGGUCAAGAAAAACGAGCUGACGCAGAAGUACGGCGCCCCCGUGGCGUGCCCGGACGGAGGCGUGACAGCGUGGGACGUGGUGCAGGAACAGACGAGCAGCUCGGGCGACCAGACGAUGGUCAUGUGCUUCUGCAAGGCGGCGCUGCUGCAGUCGUCGCUCAAGGACGCGAUGAACAUUGACUUUGUGGACCACCGCACGGGCACGAGCGUCAAGUACUGCGACACGUGGGGCACCCAGUACCUCGAGAUUCAGGCGUUGAUGGUGGCGUCGGUGGUCAUCGUGGUGGUAAUCAACUCGUGUCUGACGCCCGUGCUGCGGUACCUCGUGCUCAAGCAGAAGAGCCAUACGCGGUCCGGCGUGGUUGUGGCCACUGUGACCAAGAUCUUCAUUGCCCAGUUCUUCAACACGGCGCUGAUCGUGCUGCUCUUGAACGCCAACAUGGACGACGUGAUGGACAAGAGCGGCGCGGGGGCGUCGGUGAACGGCGUCAAGAUCUUUUCGGGGAAAUACUCGGACUUUUCCGUGAGUUGGUACAACGACGUGGGGAUUUCGCUCAUGCUGACGAUGCUCAUCAACAUGGUGUCGCCGCACGCCGGUGUGUUUAUCACGUACGUCGUGGUCGAGUUCCAGCGGUUCUCGGAUCGAGGGUUCUCGUUCGACAUGACGAUUACGCACCAAGAAACCCAGCGAGAUCUGGAGGCGCUGUACCGCGGCCCAGAGUUCGACCUCGCCAGUCGGUACUCUGUGGUUAUCAACACCAUUUUCAUCACGCUCAUGUUUUCGUCGGGCAUGCCGCUCAUGCUCUUGAUCGGGUUGUUUUCCAUGAUCAUUACGUACUGGACGGACAAAUUCACGUUUUUGCGCGUGGUGCGGUCGCCGCCUCAGUACGACGGAAAGAUUGCGGGGGCGGCGGGCAGUUUGCUGCCGUGGGCCGUGCUUCUACACACGCUGUUUGGCAUUUGGAUGUACUCGAACACGCAAAUCUUUGACAAAAUGACGACGCAAUUCUCGGCGCUCGGGUCGCUCAACGCCGAGCUUCAGCGCGGGGGUCGCAUCGUCGCCCGAGCCAUCACCAUGCCGUCCGAGGUCAUGUUCGGGUUGCUGGUCGCGAUCGCCGCGGUUGCGCUGGUCCGCGUGGUUGUGUUUCGGUACUUUGGGUCGGCCCUGCGCUCCGUCUUCCCCAUCUGCGUGCGCAUGAUGAAGAAGGAGAAGCCCCCGCGCAACCUGCCCAACUAUUUUGACUCGAUUCCGACCCAUAUCCUUAAGGAGAGCUUAGCCACCAAGACCCUCAAGCCGCGGCUCCGGGACUCGUACAGCGCGGCGUUGGAAGACGCCGACGACGCGCACCGCGACUCGGGACGGGCAACCCUCGAAGGCUGCCAUUCGUACGACAUUAUGGUCAACACCUACUACAAGGAUGCGUUUGGCGGCGGCGCCUUCCAUCGCGCGUUGUGAUUGUAGUACACUAACCAUUUUCUAGUUUUAUAUGUACUGUACAUGUUUUCACAUACUCA